AUGGCCAUCACCGGCAAGGAAGCGAACGAGGAGCAGAUAGAAUUCCGCUUUAUCCCAGCACGGUCGCCAAACUUCGGCGGACUGUGGGAGUCAGCAGUCAAAUCGUUCAAGAUGCUGUUCAAACGGACGAUCGGCACGCGCACGCUUCUGUACGACGAGAUGGCAACGAUUUUGACCCAGGCGGAGGCAGUUUUGAAUUCCAGGCCGCUGACGCCGCUCAGUAAUGACCCGGACGAUUUCGAAGCGUUAACUCCCGGGCAUUUCCUCAUUCAGCGUCCCCUCACGGCCAUUCCGGAACCAGAUCUGGAUGGAAUUCCCGAGAAUCGACUGUCAGCCUUCCAAAAGGCUCAACGGUACACACAGCAGUUGUGGAAAAACUGGUCCAAGCUUUACCUGUCGGACCUCCACAAUCGGACAAAAUGGACUGUACGUCGGAACAACGUUGCAGUAGGAACCAUGGUGGUUCUGAAGGAUGAAGAACGACCGCCUCUGAAAUGGCAGACUGACCUGUUGACCUUUUGA